AUGAGAGAUAAUCCUGAGAGAUUCAUUGAAAGUAAUACUGAAAUCUCUUGGUUAGAAUACCUUAAUAAUAUGUCUAUGCAAGGGACAUGGGGCGAUGCUAUGAUAAUACAAGCUGUGGCUGACCAGCUUAAGUUAAAAAUUACUAUUGCAGAAAUGCAUGAAGGGUUUUGUGAGUACAGUAUAAUACAACCUGUAUCAUCAACACAGCAAUUAACUCAUGUCUAUUUGGGUCAUAUAGAUGAGUAUCACUAUGUAUCAACAUUGCCAUGUACUUCAACGUCAGGUUUUGUUGAGAUAUAUCCUGAACAGUCAACCCCUAGUUCUCAGCCUAAGCAAACAAGAACGCAGUAUAUGAACAACCUCGUGAAACAAAAACAAUUAGCUAAUGAGACACAGAGCCCUGAGGCUAAGGAAAGGAGAAGAGUUUAUGCAAAGGAAUAUAGAAAACGUAAACAGGCCAGUGAGAGUUCCCAGACACUGAGCAUUGAGGCUAAGCAAAAGAAAAGACUAUAUGCAAAGCAAUAUAGGAAACAAAAACAGGACAGUGAGAGUUCCCAGCCCUCUACACUGAGCAUUGAGGCUAGUAAGCAAAAGAAAAGACUGUAUGCAAAGCAAUAUAGGAAACAAAAACAGGACAGUGAGAGUUCCCAGCACUCAACACUGAGCAUUGAGGCUAAGCAAAAGAAAAGACUGUAUGCAAAGCAAUAUAGGAAACAAAAACAGGACAGUGAGAGUUCCCAGCACUCAACUCUGAGCAUUGAGGCUAAGCAAAAGAAAAGACUGUAUGCAAAGCAAUAUAGGAAACAAAAACAGGACAGUGAGAGUUCCCAGCCCUCUACACUGAGCAUUGAGGCUAAGCAAAAGAAAAGACUGUAUGCAAAGCAAUAUAGGAAACAAAACAGGACAGUGAGAGUUCCCAGCCCUCAACACUGAGCAUUGUUGCUAAGCAAAAGAAAAGCCUGCACGCAAAGGAAUAUAGGAAACAAAAAUGUUGUGAGAUUGAACCGGUACAAAGUUUAAUAUCCCAAUUUCAUGAUAUUGUCUCACAAGGUCCUCUUUAUAUUUGCACUUGUUGUGACCAACUAUGGUACAAGCAUAGUGUCAUUCCAGUCACAACACUUAAAGAAAAUAAUCCUGAUGUUCAAAAAAGAUUAUUAAAUAGAAAAAGUGUUAAUAAUGUGGAGUGGUUGUGUAAAACAUGUAAUAAGCAUUUAAAAAACAAUAAGGUGCCUCCUUGUGCUGCCAUAAAUGGGCUGCAGUUUCCAGAAAAACCUUCGUUUUUUGAUCUAAAUGAAUUAGAGUGCAGAUUGCUUGCUCCAAGACUUGCAUUUCAAAAAUUAAUGCAGGCUCCUAGAGGUAGACAACUAAAAAUCAAUGGAAACAUUGUUAAUGUUCCAGCAGAUGUUGUUAAUACUGUUAACAUGUUGCCAAGGUUUCCAAAUGACACCAGCACAAUUAAAGUUAACCUUAAGAGAAGAUUGCAAUACAAAAGUUCAGCUUUAUCACUAAACGUCAGACCAAAUAAAGUAGCAGAAGCUGCCAAAUGGCUUGUAAAUAAUGGUAACCUUUAUAAAGAUGAAGGUAUAACUUUCAAUGACACUUGGCUUGAAGAUAAUUCAAAUAAUCAAAUGCUAUUUGAUGAUAGUGACAAUGAUCAAACCUCAGAGGGUUCAGAAAAUGUUGUGGACUGUAAUGCAGAAAGCUUGAACUGUGAUACAGAAUGUAAAACCCAGCAAUCAUCAGCAUGUGAUGACGAUGAUGAACACUGGAGUGAAGACGAGGCAGAAAUACCUGCUGGAAUCACUGACACUAUGUUAACAUCUCCAGAUUUUGUCACUGAUAAUGAACGUCAGCAUAUUUUAAAUGUUGCACCUGGUGAGGGAAAUAGGCCUAUGAGUAUAUUUAGAGAUAAAUACUCAGAGGAAUUAGCAUAUCCUGGUAUAUUUCUUGGACAGAAGCGACCAGACAAUACAAAUAGACUAACCAAAGUCCAUUAUAGUGAAAUUUGUAAAUCUGAAUUAAGACGGUCUGACCGAAGGGCUGCAAUGUGUGUGGAAAAUAUUUUCUUUAAAACGAAGAAAUUGCAAAUGAAAAUUUUGCUUGGGCAGUCACAAGUUGCAUUAAGAAAAUGUCAACGAAAUAGUAGCACAAUCACUGCCGGUCAACUAAAACAACCAGGUGCAUUAGAUAACAUGAUUCAUCAUGAUCAAGGAUUUAAAUUUCUCAGAGCAGUAAGGGGUUCACCUCCAUAUUUUGAAAAAGCUAAAAAGGAUAUAUUUGCAAUGAUCAGGCAGCUAGGAUCUGCUUCAUUAUUUUGUAGUUUUUCUUCAGCGGAAACACAAUGGACUCAUUUACUGAGAAUACUUGGUAAACUUGUUGAUAACAAAACAUACACUGACACUGAACUUGAGAACCUCAAUUGGGAAGAGAAAAGUAGGUUAAUUCAGAGCGAUCCUGUGACAUGUGCCAGGCAUUUUGAUUAUCAAGUACAGAAGUUUUUGCAAAACUUUCUUUUAAGUAGUGCUGCACCUCUUGGAAAAAUUGCAGACUGGUUCUAUAGGGUUGAAUAUCAACAAAGAGGAUCACCUCAUAUUCACAUGUUAAUAUGGCUAGAAAAUGCUCCUACGUUCGGGGAAGAUUCUGAUUGUGAUGUUGUUUCAUUCAUUGAUACGAUAAUCACAUGUGAAAAGCCAACUGAGAAUCCAGAUUUACUUGCACUUGUAAACAGGCAAGUUCAUCGCCAUUCUCACAGAUGUCGAAAGAAAUCCAAAAGUGUGUGUUUAAUUACCCACAGCCACCUAUGA